AUGCGUACAGACGCGGCUAGUGGCUUCCUCGCUGAGCUUAUGACGGACGAGAAGUAUGAGCGCAAAGUGAGGCAUUCAAACGACCCCGUCAUGGUGACCUUGCUCUCCUCAUGGGACAAUAAUUGCAAGAUUAUCAAGUCGAAGAUCGAGGAGCUAAGCAGAAACUUCGUGACCAUCAAGUUUUACCAAGUAGAUGUCACAAAGCACGCCAUGCUUCGCAGUGUCUUCCUUGACAAGGAACUGCCUACUAUCGUCUCCAUACAUAACGGUGAGGAUUUCUUAACCCUAAACGAAGCCCCAUCCUUUCAGGGUAUUCGGGAAGGCCUAGAAGCGCUCCAGACUGCAUUGAACGAAAUUCGCGUGGGAUGA